CGCUCCAAUCUCUUUCCUUUAAUCAUCACUAGUUCUUAUAGAUCUCUUCCAAAAGUUCCAUGUUCUUAUGAACACUCGGAAGAAGAUGGUGGUCCCAAAAUCCAUGAAUUCGUUGUCACUGCUGCUGAUGAUGACGAUCAUGAUCGUCUCUCUUUCAUUCUCAAUCCGUGUCAAUGCCGCCGAUCCGGAUCCACUGCAAGACUUUUGCGUCGCCGACCUCUCCAAGGAUCUCACCAUCAAUGGCUUCCCUUGCAAAAAAGCCUCCAACACCACCACCGAGGACUUCAUCUUUGGCGCCCUCAAGCGUUCAGCCAAAACGAACAAUCCACUCGGCGCUGCAGCGGUGUUUGGAACCGUCAACGAGUACCCGGGUCUCAACUCGCUCGGCCUCUCCAUCGCGAGGCUCGACUUCGCGAAAGGCGGCUUGAUUCCUCCUCACACCCACCCCCGCGCGUCCGAGAUGAUCUACGUCGUGAAGGGGAGCAUGUACGCCGGGUUUGUCACCACGGACAACAAGCUCUUUGCUCGAGUCAUCUCCAAAGGCGACGUGAUGAUCUUCCCUCGGGGUUUGAUCCACUGGCAGCUCAACGUUGGAAACACCAGUGCAGUGGGGAUCGUUACGCUCAACUCGCAGUUCCCUGGCUUCCAGCUCAUCGCCAACUCCUUGUUUGGAUCCAAAAUCCUGGACGAGGUGUUGAUGAAGACCUUCUUUCUCGACAAGAAGACCAUACAGCAGCUCAAGUCAAUCUUCACUCCCUCUGGCUAGAAAAACAAAUUCGAUAGUGUUCACCUUGAAAUAAAGUUUGUCACAUACGAGAUCUUUCCGCCA